GGAUGGUCGAUAUAAAAUGAGAUUCUUAGAGAAGUUAGCAAGUUGAGAUAACAACGGCAAUACAUUGUUUGUUCCUACUCGCAGUCGUAAACGAUUUCAAUAGUUUAUGAAUAUUUUAAUUAAUGGUUAUACCUGUAAUUGUUGUGUUGAUAUCAAAACGAACUGUAGUAACUCAAUAUGACUAAACUCACUAUUUUCUUGGUGGCCAUUGUCGUUGUUCUGGCAAUAGCAGAAAACGAAAUAAGGGACAUACAAGAUUUAGAUUUAGUGAAACUUCUACAAAAUGAACGCGAGAGAAAAGCCGUUUUUGCUUGUCUUAUGGAACAGGCACCAUGUGGAAAAUACCAAAAGUUCAAAGAGUCGAUAACUCAAAAGAUAAAAACAAAGUGCAAGGAUUGUACUCCACCAGAAAAAGAAAGAUAUAAUAUGUUUUCGCAGCUGCUCUCCGUGACAUAUCCCGACAAAUUGAAUGCUCUGCGAGCUAAAUAUCGACCUUAAAUAAAGUUAUCAUUUUGGAAAGUAA